AUGACGAAGACGCGCAGAUUCUCGGUCACGAAGUUCGACAUCGACUGGGAUAUCGAAUUCGUGAAGUGGGGAGAUCGCCGAGUCCACGCCUUGGAGCAGCUUGAGGAUCUUGGGCCUCGAGAGCUCAAGAAAUACGUCCCCGACCACUUGGACAAUGUGAUGAAUCUCGACGUCGAAGAACUUACGGGUCAAUUUGAUCUCUGGAGAAUAGCUUAUCGCUCUGGCUUUGGCCAAUGA